CUUCACAGUGAGGAGGUUGAAUGGGGAAGCUGAGACGGGUCAGGAUAAAGUAAGAGGAAAUCGCAUAACUGAAAAGGAAGGGAGAAAGAUGAAUGGGGCAGGCAAGACCUGUUAGCACAAAAUACGUAGAGAACUCAUAGCUGUUACCAGCGAGGGGGGAGGUGCAGGUACAGUGCAGCCAAUCUGCCGGCUAAAGCGUACAACCCGGACUGCAGCACUACAUUUUCAGCUCAGAUCUUCUGUCCAUGCCUCUAGGGGGAUCAGUAUGGGAAGGAAUGGCUUCCCCGUGUGUCGCCUUCAGAGCAGCUCUGUGUAACCAAAUUCCCUGAAAUAGCUGAGAAGGAGAUAAGUCGGAUCUGUCUCUCAUCCCUAGAAAUAGUCUCUGCCUUUAAGGUCUUAUUUGGGGCAUCAGGCUGGGAGUCAGUCGCAUGCUGCCCUGUUUAUUUUCUGUUGGGAGACCGAGUGCUUUGUCACUGGGAAGAAGUGCCAGCAUUGCGCACACUUUGCUCCGCAAUAAGGUUCCUGUCUGGCCCCACAAUCAGGCGGGUUAGCAUCACUAACUAUGGGAUUCAGAUAGCCUGGUCAUAACGCUCUCACCGUUACACACUGCUCCCUGGUGCCCCGAGCCCCACACAAUCCACAGAGAGCUUUAUUCAUCCCAUUAGCCUGGCUCGUAGGCGCAGAGGAUCUGUCCAUCAGUGGGUGCUGAAGCUUCAGAAUGUCUGCUGCUUGCUACCUCCUGACCACCCUGGGGGGGUAUGUGCUCACCUCAGUUUUGCUCCUCAAGUUCCCCAACCUACUACACAAGAAGAAGCAACAAAAGUUUCGCUGUAGGCACAUCUCACAUCGAGGGGGUGCAGGAGAAAACUUGGAAAAUACAAUGGCAGCUUUCCGGCAUGCAGUUAGCCUUGGGACGGAUAUGCUGGAGCUAGACUGCCACCUUACAAAAGAUGAACAGGUUGUGGUGUCACAUGAUGGGAACCUAAAGAGGUCAACUGGUGUCAAUCUCAACAUACCAGAUCUGAACUACUGUGACCUGCCUCCCUACCUUUGCCAACUGGACGUCACCUUUGAGAAAGAUUGCUGCUGUAGGGGUGGAGAGGACAAAAGCAUACCUCUGCUGAAAGAUGUGUUUGAAGCCUUUCCAGACACACCAAUCAACAUAGACAUCAAAGUCAAUAACAACAUUCUCGUUAAAAAGGUCUCUGAUCUGGUGAGGGAAUAUAAAAGAGAACAUCUGACUGUAUGGGGCAAUGCAGACUAUGACAUUGUGCAGAAGUGCCAUAGAGAGAACUGUGACAUCCCUCUGCUCUUCUGCUUUCAACGGGUCCUGCUCCUGGUCGGUUUAUUUUACACUGGUCUUUUGCCCUUUGUUCCUCUUCGAGAACAAUUCCUGGAGAUUCCAAUGCCUUCUAUCAUCAUGAAGCUUAAGGAUCCCUCCAAAAUGAGCCGGAGUCACAAGUUUGUGGUGUGGCUUGCAGAUGCAUUAAUAAUGAGAAAGGCUCUGUUUGAUCACCUAAAAGCACGAGGGAUUCAGGUGUACAUAUGGGUGUUAAACAAUGACGAGGAAUACAAAAGAGCGUUUGAUUUGGGUGCUACCGGCAUAAUGACAGACUAUCCCACCAGGCUGAAGGAGUUUUUGGAAAAGCAUUCCCAUUUCCAUUCCCAUUAGGUAGCUACUUCUCAGUUACAUCACAGCCUCCAGGAAUGAGCAGCGCCAAUCAUCCGUCUAUACUGUACAUCUUCAUACCUCACACUUGGCAAUGUAGUAAUGUAGAGAAUACUUAGGUACCUAUACAUAUGUAUGUAACAAGAUCUUGUAUAGUUUACAUUUGUAAAUAGGUAAUGAGAAUAUGGACUAAACCACAGUACUGUAUAUUUAAGGACUGAGAGAAACUGAUAUAUAAAUACAGUCUAAUGGGAACUUUAUGCAGUAUUUAAUUGCCCCUACUUUUAUUUUUGUUUUACUUUCUGCUUCAAUUGUGAAAUUCUCCCUUCACUUUAAUGUAUAUGAUCAGAUUCUGUAAUGGGUAGAAAUGGGGAGUUGAAUGAGCUCCUGUCUUUUACACUGCUGCUGACUAGUAAAACUGGUACAUUACGACCCUCUCUCUCAGCUGAGUCCUUGAGGAGGAAGGGUUUGAGCCUGCGGAACUGUGACUCUAAACAUAACAUAUAUAAGAAGGAAUGAGGUAUUUCCUCAGUACAACAGUGAGGAGGCAAAUGUAAGAUCAUUGUGGUAUAACAAAGAUUAGGCAAUAUGGAUCAUGUACUAUUACCCAUAGGAGACAGAAAUUGUACGGGGCUCUCACCAACACUGGGCUCUUAUGGUCCAGGCUCCCAGGAUAUCCACCCCUGAUACUAGGUGGAGAAAUCUAUUUGCACCCUUUCCUUGUAUAAACUAUGCUGGGAAUUUGGUUGAACUGCCCCAGGGCCAGUUGGGAAACCUCCUUUGGAACAGACCUGGGACUGAGACCUGAGCACUAGGGGGAGUUAAUUUAUAUUUGGUUACUAGGGUAAUUGAUUGCCAUUCUAAACUUUUAUUAUUAUACUUAUUACUUAUCCUUAAUCUCACCUCCUCUACUCAUUCUCAGUCUGACAUUCAAAACUAGUUACUGCUUAAUAGGAUCAGUGAUCCCAGCUGUAAGAUGGCUGUAAAACCUAACUUGAAAGUAACAAAACAAACAAAAAAAAUUAAAUUAAAAUAGAAUAAUCAAUAAUACUACUGACCACAGCAUAAUAAUAUUGUAUUUAUUUUAACAUGAAAAUCCCCUUAAAUAAUGAUCUUACUUUUGAGCUGUGUAGUUAUAUGAAACUAUUUCAGGCCAGUAAUACUGAGAAAGUGAAAGUAAAGGGCAUUUGUGAUUUUAUGUCUAUACAAUGUACAGUAUGACAUGAAUAGUCAGUGUAAACAUGAAGAGAAAUCCCAGGAGACAUUUUGGAUACAGGUAUAGGAUGUAUUAUCCGGAAUGCUUGAGGGAUUUCUGAAUAAGGGCUCUUUCGAUAACCCAACAGGAUUGUGUUGCCCCCAAAAUCAUGCAGCUUAGUUACUGUUAAGUACAAGAUACUGUUUUAUUAUUACAGAGUAAAAGGAAAUCCUUUAAAAGUUUUAAAUAUUUGCUUUUAGGGAAAUGGCCUUCCAGUAAUUCAAAGCUUUCUGAAUAUGAGAUUUGCACAUAAGAGAUCCCAUACUUCUCUAUGGCUACAGAACAGUGAGAGGCCCCUUGGAUCCUAGUCAGAUCUUUAGAUUGUGUGUGAUUUCCUUAAUCAGCUUUUUAUAGUGGUUUUUUUUUUUUUUUUAUAACCAAGUCUCUAAAUGUCUCUUCCACUGGCUGUUAAUUAUGGGCACUUGCAGGCCUGUGUUUAUAAACAAUAACGGGUGCCCGUAGGCCGGCAUCGCUCCUUGCCCUCCCCUAUUCGUGGGAAUGUGUGCACGCGCAAGUUCUUCCUUGUCAGGUCCGUAGCACUGGAGAUUUAUAGAACUAUCCAGUCUCCUGCACCUCCCAAGUGUUUUCAGAACCGAAUUAGAUGUGAGUGGGUGGCAUGCUGCCCCUGAAUUCCUGCCACCCUAGGCCCAGGCCUUUGUGGCUCCCACAUAUCCAGGCCUGGGCACUUGCACCAUUUUCUUUCCCACAAAUCUAGUCAUAAACCCAUAGGUUUUACCUGUAUGUGAAAAAAAGGCAUUAUUAUGGCUAUGGCUGUCUUUACUGUAGUUGGGGGUGCUGCUUUCUGAUACCAUUUUGCCCUGCUAUGCGUGCGCCUAUCACUCUCAGUAAGUACAACUGCUGCUUUAAGGGGUUCCCAGAGUGUGCAAGCCCAGGGUAGGUGCCCCUGAUAUUGGGGCUCUAAACAGAAAAAGAACAGGGUGGAUGGGGGGGAUGCUUAAGGGCAACAUAUCUAUGCAAAAUGUGAAUAUUCAUGGCAAAUAGCAUUUAUAUAUCUUAUUUAUACAUCUUAAGAUGUUUAGUUUGACACAUUGUUUUUAUCAGUUUCACUAAUAUAAUCCUAAUUAAAUAUAUGUACAACUAUAUGAGUGUAUGAAAGCCUGAAAUAAUGGCAUAUUUGUAUAUUGAGACUAUAGUCAAACUGUUUUCAUUCUGCUAUUUCAUGGACUUUAAUAAUCACAAGAGCAUUUAUAGGCUAGAGAUGUUCAGCAUCAUUUACAUGUCCAUAGGCAGGAUCCUUUGAAAGCACAGAGACUCCAUUGGAUGAGCUGGGGUCCAGCGAAAAAUGGGGGGCUGCAUGUGGGCCCCAACCUUUAUAGGUUCUUAUCUGCACUGGAAGUUUGUUCUAGGCUUUCACAGCCAUUUUACUAAAGUACUGAGAAUUACUGAGCUGCUAACCUUUGUUAGGCCAUAGGCUCUUGCCUCAGUCCUGCUAGUUAUAAAAACUGUUUAUGUGGGAGCUAUCAUGCAUGCGAAUGAAGGUGCUUACGGGCAUUUAUUGAUUUGCACAGAACGCAAAUAUUUUCUAAUUUUCCAAACAAGGCUUUAAUGUUUAAUGAAUAAAACUUGUGAUUUUGUUUUGUUUUUCUUUUUUAAAUCUGCGAACAAGUGUGGGAUAAUCCCUUGGUUUUGCAUCCUUAGGGCAUUUUAAAGAAUCUAGAAUGAAACUGAAAUUGCUUAAUAUUGCUGAUUUCAGAAAAAAAUGAAAAUAAAUAAAAGUUUUUUGGUUUUUUUUUAAAAAGA